AUGAACUUUUGUAUUGCAAGCAAUACGUCAAUACAAACAGGCACUAUCAUGAGCGUAUACUUUGACAAGAGUGUGUAUUUUGAUUUGGAGUAUCUAGGCCAUACUACAGGUCAGUGGGACUUGUAUGGCUCAGAUGCACCCUCACCUUACAAUUCUCUUCAGAGCAAGUUCUUCAAGACAUUUGCUGCCCCAUUCACAAAGAGGGGAUUGUUACUCAAGUUUUUGAUCCUGGGAGGUGGUUUCACCCUUGCAUACUACAGUGCCACAGCUUCAGGUGACAUACCACCAAUCAAGAAAGGACCACAACUUCCACCAAAGCUCGGUCCCCGUGGCAAGAUCUAA